CGAGCCGGAGGCGGACGAGGUAAGAAGCAGCAGCCGCAGCGCGACCCCGCGAGGAAACCCUACCGCCGCCGCCGCAGAAGCAGCCAUGGGUAUCGACCUCGUCGCUGGCGGGAGGAACAAGAGGACCAAGCGCGUCGCGCCCAAGUCCGACGAUGUGUACCUCAAGCUCCUCGUCAAGCUCUACCGUUUCCUGGUGAGGAGGACCAAGAGCAAGUUCAACGCCGUCAUCCUCAAGAGGCUCUUCAUGAGCAAGACCAACCGCCCGCCGCUCUCCAUGCGCCGUCUCUCCAACUUCAUGAAGGGAAAGGAGGAGAAGAACAUUGCUGUGGUUGUUGGCACAAUCACAGAUGACAUGCGGAUCCAAGAGAUCCCAGCAAUGAAGGUUACCGCUCUGAGGUUCACAGAGACAGCGAGGGCAAGGAUUGUCAAUGCUGGUGGGGAGUGCCUCACUUUUGACCAGCUUGCUCUCCGUGCUCCAACUGGGGAGAACACGAUCCUGUUGAGGGGACCCAAGAAUGCCCGUGAGGCGGUGAGGCACUUCGGCAAGGCUCCUGGUGUGCCGCACAGCCACACCAAGCCCUAUGUGCGCUCCAAGGGUAGGAAGUUUGAGAAGGCUCGUGGUAGGAGGAACAGCCGUGGCUUCAAGGUUUAAGUUGCCCUUUCUGGUUAGUCGCUGUUUGCGUGGAGCGGCUGUUGUUCUGUUUGAGCAAUUGACAGUAAUUAGUAAAGUACUUAGUACUGAGAGCAGCACAAUCUAUCGCCCCAGUGUUCGAAUGAUAUUUUGGAAGAUUCUUAUGGCUGUCAACUGUUUUUAUUUUGUGAGCUUGAAGACCAUGUUUUGUUGCA